AGUAGGUCGCCUAUUCGAGUAGAACAAGCAGUUGUACAGCAGCACUCGUAGCGAAACAAUACAGAAUAUCAGAUUUCACAAGCGACAAACAUUCUCCACAAACACACAAUGAACUCUGACGACUUAAAGGGUAUACUGAAGGGCGGCAGCAACGAGGCACCGCGGAAGCUAGCAGGCCAGAAGACGGCCAAGUUCGACGAGCUAAACGUGCUGGCGACCUUCCAUCCGGAAGGCAAAACCUACGGACACAUGAUCAUUGACGAGCCGAAGACCCCGUUCGUGUUCGAGGAUGACUUGCCAAAGAAGCUGGACACCGCCGAACUGAUGGAGAAACUGCGCAUAACCUCGCAGUCGGUGAUGCCCUGCUUUGGCAUGGAGCAGGACUCCGAUGAGGAGGAGAAGUUGCGGCGCAUUGAGUUCGAGCGUCGCCGCAAGCUGCACUACAAGGAGUACUUCUCGGUACCGCUGGCCCGUCACCUGAUUGCCGAGGAGUUCGGUGAUAUGUUCCCCUCAGAGCCGACCUGCACGUCCGAGCCAAGUUCUGGCGUGGACGAGACCGGCCCGACUCGGGCCACGCGCGACAGCGUGAUGGAGGAAGAGCACCAGCUACUGGACCCAGAGCAACCCAGCUCGCACUCCUUGGCCCACGCCGAGUCCAAUGACGGCGGGUACAGGAUCGACCCAGAGCCGGUCCUUGAUCCCAGCCACCCGUGCUACCAGCGGUUGACGGCCCAGACCAACCGCCCGCCAACCGCCGAGACCGACGAGGCUCUCCACAUUGCCUCGCUCGGCUAUAUGCGCAGCGUUCCAUCGAUGGGCGAGGAGUUUUCGGACGGCAAGCAGGUCCGUGUGCCAAAUGCCUCUUACGUGGCUGGUCCCAAAGGCAAACCGAAGAAGAGUCCAUCAGCAGGCACAUUAUAAAGAGAUGUCAAAGAUGAUUGGCCUUUCGCUUGAUUUGUUAAAAUGAUUAUGUUACUUGCUGAAAUUAAUCAUCAGAUUGUAAAAUCAGA